UUUUUUAAAUAACUUAUUUAUAAUAAAAUUUCGAUUAAGAAUCAUGUCACAAAUGUGUUCAAAGCCAUUUGUUGUUCGUCUUAGAAGAACAUAUCCUUAUGUUGAUCCAACAUUAAUGACUCGUAGUCAAAAUACAACAGGAAAAAAACCAUGGGAUGGAUUAUGGCUUGAUAAAGAAAAUAAUAACUACAACAACUCAAGCUCAAAGAUAACAGAUACAUCAGCUUGUCCAUUUUUGAAAACUAAUAAUAAAAAUUAUUAUUUAAACAAAGAUGAAGUCAAUUAUUCAUAUGAUUAUGUUGGAAAGAUAAUUGAUAAACCAUCGGAAACAAAAAUAAAAACAAAUGAUAAUAAUAAAAUUAAAGUACUGAUUAUAACUACAGCUGAUAAGAAACGUAAAGUAUUAACAUUUGAUACACGUGAUGCAAAUGAUUUGAUGAUUAGUGAUUUAUUGAAAAAAUCUGUUUAUAAAAAAUAA